CAAUCAUUCAGCAAGCAUUCGCCAAGCGAGCAACAUCACACAAGCCAAGUUAUCCAACUCGAACCAUAAAAUGGAGAGCACAACGAACUACGCCCACAAGAAGUUCGCCGUUAGCAAGCGCAAGCGGGACUCGGACCAUGAGGACAAGGAGAACAAUUUCCAGCAUACAAUGGAGCAGCCUAUCAGCAAGCGCCGCCAGGUCCAGGGAUUCUUCCGACCAUGGCUGGACAACGAGCAGAACCAGUCGCAGGGAGCAACGUCCCCCGUUCCUGUGCCCAAGCCACCCGUCAGCCAGUAUCAUGCCAACAUGGUGCGUCAUAGACAAGCGAAGCGCCAGCGCAGUCCCAAGGAGCAGCAGCGUCGGGAUCGCAACACGCUGGCCUGCCUGCUCAGCCGGCGAGCCAAGCAGGCGCAGGAGGAGCAAAUGAGCCAGCAGUACGAGCAGUAUCGGAGACACAAUGCCGCCAUGCUGGAGCAGCAGGUGCGCCUCAGCCUUUACUACCGCCAGAUCCUUCAGCAGGCGGUUUUCCAGCGCGCCAUAGCCCCAGCCCCCGGUCAUGUUCUGCCCCAGCAGCAGCAGCAAUUCCUUCAGCAAAUGGCCCUCUCACAGCAGAUGCUCAUCUUUGGUGGUCAGCACUGACCACUGACCGGGAGAGCGACAUAUUCAGCGACUAUGGACAGCCCAAUAAUGUGAUUUAGUUUUUAAGCCUUAAUUUAUUUAUUGUUGACUAUGAAAUAAAUUCUACAAAUUAA